CUAAAAAAAAACCCCAGAAGUGUUACUAAGGAAAUGCUGUUUACAUUUGAUUUGCGUUAUGAGUCUUUAGAGCGCACGUUGUUAUCACGUUAUAGUAAUUUAUACGAGAAAAGAAAUAAAAUCGCGUUUGAAUUACGAGAUUAUACCCGCGUGCCGCGAUUUUAUGGCAGAACAAUUGAACAAAAAACUGAACACCAGGGACUACCAGUAAAUUUCCCAUUUGAUGCAGAGGACAAAGAAGACAGGCUGCUAAAAUGGAUUAUAUCUACACUUUGCAGCAAGAGGUGGGACGGGGCAGCUACGGAGUGGUAUUCAAGGGACGUGUGUCGGAGACAGGCUGGUGGGGCGAGAGGGGUGAAACAGUGGCCAUUAAACGUCUACCAUGUUGUAGCCCUGAAAGUAUAGAGCUAUACCUGCAGGAAAUCUGGGCUAUGAGAAUCACUGCACGAAACCACCCCAAUGUCAUCGCUCUAUACAACUGCCACUUACAGACAGGGCCGAGGACACUCCAGCCCCUGAGAUCAGGGAGGCUGCCUUUAGACCUGGUAGAAAGUGCUCUCAAAGGGAGAGUGGUGGACAAAGACUCGAAAAGUCAAACAAGAAAUUUGUCCAGGUCAAAGAGGAGACUGGUGUGCACAGAAGAGAUCCCUAGGUGCUGCUUUGCCCUUUGGUUGGUGAUGGAGUACUGUGAGGGAGGGGAUUUGAACCAGUACAUUCUGUCCAGGCUGCCAGAUGCCGAGUGUAACCAUAUGGUAGUUCAGCAGCUCAGCAGUGCCAUUGCGUUCCUGCACAGGCAUGGAAUAGUGCACCGUGAUAUUAAGCCAGAUAAUGUUCUUGUCUGUCUUACGAAAAAAGGACCAGUCGUCAAGGUGGCCGACUUUGGCCUUAGCAAGAUGGUGGACAAUCCUACAGAUGGUGUGCGAAGUAGAUUGGCUCUUUCCUCUACUUGCGGGUCAGACUUCUACAUGGCUCCAGAAGUGUGGGCAGGCCGUAGUUAUACAGCACAGGCUGACAUCUUCUCUCUAGGUGUGCUUUUUUGGGCCGUACUGGAGAGAAUCACUUUCCUGGAGGAUGGCAGCAAUCAAGAACAAUUGGGUGCGUAUGUAAUGCGUGGCCGCUGGCUCACUCCGUUAGGUGAGGCUCUGUGUCAGAAUCCAGACCUGCAGUUGAUCAUCCCUAUGAGGGCGCGACGUGCUCCGCCACUGCCGCCACCUCCAGACCCCGCCCUGUGCGCCCUGCUGCUGGACAUGCUAGCUUCUGAUCCUGAUAUUAGGCCCACCGCAGACCAACUAGAGAAGAGAGUCCACCAUGCCAUACAGCCGCACUGAUCUCGGAGCAGCAUACUAGUUCAAGGGAUUCAAUCACACUUUCUUUUUUACAUUUUAAGCUGAUUUGUGUAGUUUGUUAAACAUUUUUGUAUCCUAUCUUGAUAUGCUGAGAUAACGUAAGUAAGCUAUUUGUAGGUUGAUUUCACCUAAAAGUGUAAACAACGUGGCUCUGUGGCACUAUUAAAACCUUCUUGUUUUUUUGAGUGGCCUGUUUAGCCCAACUGGAUGUUUUCUAGAAUCUGUUUGAAAACUGAUUUAUUUUUAGCAAUUGCGUGUGGUAGUCGAGGAAAUUACACACUUCAGCUUUAAAGUUAUAGAACGGUUGUGAUACUGUACAUUUCAGUCUGAAAUUCACAGACUUAAAAAAAGAGAUUUAUGUGUUUAGUGCUGUGCAUCUGUUACCAUAUGAUGAUAUAUUAAUUUAAUGACCAUGCCGACGCAAGUAGUAUAUGCAAAUUGAUUUUUAAACCAAGGGCAUGCUUCUUUUUUCCACUUGCUGUUAUGUUUUGUGCACAGUUGAGACUCGAGCCCUCUAGCCUUUCAAAAUAUACUCUUUUUGACUUGCACAUACGGAUACAUCCCAACGACUGCUUUAUGAUACUCCACCUGAUGCAGAGGAGGCUUUGCUGUAUUUUGUGAUGUUUUCAAUGAUUUCACUGUUGUUUUACAUAUUUAUUGAAGAGAUGAUUGAAGAACCAUACAGAUUAAAGAAUAAUACAACACAGUAGUGUAAAGAACAUGUUUUCUAAACCCAAACUUGCAGUUGAAAGUGUGUGGUAUGCAGUAUGUAGAAGUAUGCUGAAGUUGUUUGUUGCAACACAGCCUUAUUAUGCUUAUAAGGAUAGCUGUUUCAGAUGUCAUAAUGGGCUUAAGUUGUGCUGACAGUCACAGCUUUCACAACAAGAAAUGGAGAAUUCAGGAUGGUCACACCACAAAUCGACACCUGAAAGUGACAGUUUAAUUAGAGACAGUCAAAAUGACUGGAACUUUUGGAGUUUCACAGCUGGUGGGGCAUGUCCAUCAAAAGAUUGCAAUGUGUAACUGUGAAAAUUGACACGCAUAUCAAUCAUUCAGAUUGUCUGUGUUCCACUGACAGGACUGUCUCGGUUUCUAACACUUUAGUGGCCAGUUGUCUUUUGUUGGGUUUGCUUGCACAAGGCAGGAAGUCAAAUGGCUUUAUGGUUGGAGAAAGUACUCCCAUCAUUCACAGGAAAUUAAAGUCUCCCUUUGUGAUGGAUAUCGGUGAUAUCUGCCCAGAUCUGA